GUCCGCUCCACUCCGCUGUCGUCAGUCCUCUGCUCUCCUCUCCACAGCUCCACUCCAUUCUCCGCCAAACCCUACGGAGGCGGAAAGAGAGAGAGGAGAGAGAUGGCUGUCGCAUUUCUACGGGAGCUGAAGUACGCCGUCGGCUCCUUACUUGGCAAGGGGGAGGUGAUGCAAGAUCUGGAGUACUCCAUGCGUUCUAAGGGCAAAUUGACCCCAUUGGAGGAGGCGAGGCUCCGGACUUCCAGCGGGAUUGCAACAAGGGGAUUCAUCGCAGGCACCGUACUUUACAGUUUCGUUGGGUGGUUCGUGACCGGCAAACAUAAAAUACCUAUUGCUGGGAUUCCAGUUCCACCUUUGCCUGGAUUGGUAAGGUUCGCCACAGUUUCUGGUGGUACUUUUCUGGCAGGAAAGCUAAUGUAUUAUAUAGCCUUGCGUUUGUGUGCUGAAGUCAUUUUGGAAAAUGAUGAUCCAGACGACCGCAUGAAGAUGGAACUCGCUAACAUAAUACUUACUAAGCAUAGCAAUGACAAACCACUGGUUGAAGCUGUAAGAAAGCAAUUCUUUGCUGAGCAUCUGUUCAAUGACCUGCAUCAAGAUAGUCCACUUUUCAGGUGGCACCCAUGCGGUUGGUAUGUUGACAGCGCUUUUAUGGAAAGGCUGAAGGAAACAGAAGCUGAACUUAACUGCUCUGACAACGAGACAGGAUCAUAUUCUAGGCAGACAGUAGUAAACAUUAGAUUUGGAGACCUCAUGGAUGACCCGCUGGAUUGCGUGCUCGGUUCUCUCGUAAGGGACAAGGAAAGCCACAAUCUCUCCGAAAACAAGAUAGCUGUCUUGAAGAGAAGGGGGCCACGAAACCGCAAGAGAAGUCACCGUCAUCAAUUGCCAACAGAAUGCUGACAUUUUAGUUACUGCGUAUUGAAGGUUGCAUUAAAGGUGUGGUAAGAUGUUGUAGAUGUUAGCAUUUUGGUCGCCAUCUGGAGCGAUGAGUUAUCCGCAUAUAAUUGCUGGGGUUAGUAAGCAUGUGGGCACGAGCUACUUGAAGUAUUUAUCUGCUGUCGCCUGUCAUGUACACAAAGAUGUUUUUAUCAACGGUAAUGGCUCCAUGUUAAAUGCACUUGUAUGUUUGCAAAUGUAUACAAACGGGCUUUGGAAAUGGAAGGUUUUAGGGCCUGUUUGGAA